AGUGUGCAGACAGGUUGGGGGAGGGGGGAGUGUGAUGCACUCUUGUGCCUAUUUGAGGACCCCACUAAAAAUAGUACAGUAGCAGCCACGCAUGCUCUUGUUUGAUUGGAAAUCACAGCGCCUCAAGUCAGAGCUGUGGGGCAUCUGUCAAAGAGGAACAUCACCUCAUCCACGAACUUUUGCAUACUUUCAAAUGGGUUCACGGCGGACAACGUCACGCUCCCAAUCGGCCAAUGGAAGAGUCGGCCAAGGGAACGGAAUUGUUGGCAAUAGCCGGCCUGGAGGCUGCAGCUACAUUUCCAACGUCAGGCCAGAGAACAGGAGCACACUGUGCAGCGUGAUAGCUCAACUGACACAGGAAACACAGCCCACCUUCAUGACCACUCUUAAGUCCAGAGCUGUGUCAGAGAACUGCAACGUCAAGUUCUUCUGUGUGGUGACUGGUUAUCCUAUCCCUCAACUUACUUGGUAUAAGGAUGAUAAACAGUUGGACAGAUUCUGCGGCCUUCCUAAAUAUGAAAUAUUUCGCAAUGGGCAAAACCAUUCCCUGCAUAUUUACGAUUGUACUCUGGAGGACGCAGCCAUCUACCAGGCAUCGGCCAGUAACAGCAAAGGUAUCGUGUCGUGCUCGGGGGUUCUGGAGGUGGGCGGAAUGAACGAGUACAAGAUCCACCAGCGCUACUUUGCCAAGCUCAAGCAGAAAGCGGAGGGCCGAGGCAAAGAGGCUGACGGCAAGGAGAACCAGGUGCCGUUUCGUACCAUCAGCCCGGAACGCUCGCAGAGGAAGCGGCGCUCCACCAUGGAGGCCUUCCUGCGUGCGCCCAGCUCCACGGAGAACAAGGUCACUGAGGAGUUAAUUCCAUCUGUUGGUGAGGAUUCAAAGGUGAGGUUGGAGGAACCUGCAGAGGAACUGGUUGAGGAGAGGCCGACACCCUUGACUAAGACUUCUGCAAAAACAAAUAAUGAAAGCGGAGUUGGAGGUGGCAUUGCCAAGACUCCCUUUGUCAAGAAAAAGAUCAAGAUUUGCCCCAGAGGUGAAAGGACGCCUGAGGAGAUGAGACAGGCCAGCUCGGAGGUGCUCAUGGAAGUGGAACGUUGCAGAAAGAUGGCAGAACGUCAAAACCGAGCACCUUUUGGAAAAUUGUCAAGGAAAAAAAGUUCAGAGGCGCUUCGUUCUCCAGAGGGAGUGAGGAAAGACAAGGAAAGUAACCGCAAACGUGAUGAGAAAGUGUUUGAGAAGAAUCCUCGCAUGUCCACCAGACUUCCGAGUGCCCCAGAAACUCAAAGGCCCUCAAGCCGAGUGAUGCAGCACAUGGCUGACUCUGGAGCAGUGGAUGGGAUCCUCCAGAGCAGGGCUGCGUUACCUGAGCAGACCUCAGAUCAGUCACCGCAACAAGAAACGAAAGUGAGGCAAAGGAACCCGUCCGUUCAUAGUGAGGUGACACAAGCCCCAACGUGGAUGAGUGGGAAUAAUGCACCUGUCAACCCAGAACCUCCACCUGACCAGCGUUUGGCGGUGGCGAUCGCACAACCACAGCGGAAAGCUCCACUGAAACAAGCGGCUACAAGAGAAGAUGCCCAACCCUUUUUUGUCACACCACAUGAAUCGUCGCUAUACAGACAGCAUCAUUCCAAGGGAUCAAGGCAAAACCACAUGGCCCCGCAAAAGUCGGAACUCGUUUCAUCUGCAGACAAGCAAAGCCAAGCCGGUUUAGUGGUAAAGUCUGUUGGAGGGCAAGAAGUACAAGCUAAUAAAAAGGUAGAUGACAGUGAGGUUAGGAAGCCAGUAGUACCAAAUGAAAAGAUUGUUAAAAGGCUGACUGUAACCCCUGUUACACCAAAGGUUCAACAACCAGAGCACACAAGCGAUAAAGUACCUACUGUCACUAAUCCCAUUGUUGUGUCUAAUAAUGACAAGAAAGAGUUUAGUUUAAAGGCCAACUUGCAGUUCCAGACUAAUAAACAGACUAAAGUUGAAACCGCUUGCCCACAUUCCCAAAAAACUCUCAGCUUAAAUGAGCAGCAGUUCAGAAACAUCCAAGAAACCUCUAAACCUGUAUCCAGGGUUAUAUCUGUUGCAGAACUUAUGAGAGCCCAAAUAAUGGCUCUUGACUCCGCGGAAACAAGUCCCACUAAAGACAUCCCUAUAGACUUGGCAGCAUGUCCUGCUGCUGCAGACAAAUCUCAAAACCUUAGAAAUGAUGAAGGUAAAUCUACGGCUCAAGGAGGGAAGUCAGCACCUGAUGACAUACCAAAGAAUAGUGUUGGUAGAUCCUCUCCAAAGGAACACCUUGUACAGCAAAACCAUUUGGGAAAGAAUAAGACUUCUGAAAAGAAUCUUAGUCCCUGUCUUUCAUCUGUCAUUGAUCCCCUCAGCAUAGAAUGCAAUCGAGAUGUCACAGCCUUUCCCAAUGCAGGUUCUUCAAAUAACUAUACUUUUGUUCCGGUGAAUCCUAAGGAGGAGGCAACUCAAGGGAGGAAGUCAGCACCUGAUAGCAUAGCUAAGAAUCAUGUUGACCAAACUUCUCCAAAGGAAUGUCUUAAAAAGCAAAGUCAUCUCAGAAAGAAAAGGAAUUUUCAAGAAAAUCCUAGUCCUUGUCCUUCCUGUGUCAUUGAUCCUCUUGGCACACAAUGCAGUCAAGAUGUCACAGACAUUCCCCAUGCUGGAUCUUCAAAUAAGUACCCUUCUGUUGCCGUGAAUACUAAGGAGGAGGCACCUCCAGGGAGGAAGUCUGUACCUGUUGGCAUACCUAAGAGUCACAUUGAUCAAAUCUCUCUCAACGAAACUCUUGUAAACCAAAGUCAUCUGGGAAAGAAUAAGACUUUUCAAGAAAAUCCUAGACCUUGUCCUUCAGCUGUCAUCGAUCCCUUUAGCAUAGAAUGCCAUGGAGACGUAACAGAGAUUCCCCAUCCAGGUUAUUUAAAUAACUAUACUUCUGGUCCCAUGCAUCCUGAAGAGAAAGCAACUCAAGGCAGGAAGUCAGUCCCUGAUAGCAUGCCUAAGAAUUGUGUUCAUCGAACCUCUCCAAAGGAACAGCUUAUAAAGCAAAGUCAGACUUUUCAAGAAGAUACUCGACCCUGUCCUUCAUCUGUUGUUGUUUCCCUUAGCUUAGAAUGCAAUCGAGAUCUAAAGGCCAUUCCCCUUGCAGGUUCUCAAAAUAACUACCCUUCUGUUCCCGUUAUUCCUAAGGAGGAAGUAAUUCAAAGACAUACAUCAAGAACCAAAACUGUUUGGACCCAAGGUAAAGACUUGGGAGAAGUGGAAAAGUUCUUACCAGAUAUUAAAUUAAACACUGAAACGCAACAGGGAACUACUGGAAACACUUCUCAAACACUAAUAGUUGAACACAAUCUAACCAGUUCUUCACUGGAGGUGCUGAGAUUGCCCAGUGUCCUUCGUGCAGAUACACAAGAAAGCACCCUUUGUUUCCAAGGGCAGUCAAUGGUUGAAGACAUUCAAGGGAAUAAUAUAUUACCAAAUUCAAGUCCCGAAGCAACUCUAUUACCAAAUUCAAGUCCCGAAGCAACUCCAUUAAUGCAGAAAAGAGAUAGUGAUUCUCCUCUUUCUUCUGCAACUCCUCGAGAAUUGGCCUCAGGGGCCCGUCCUAAGAUCCUUUCUUCCAAGGACAAACCUGAGGAGACCAAAUCACCACCUUAUCCCCAUCCUGAGAAGCAAGAGGUUUCUCCACCAGACAGCACACUUUCCACCAGUCCUCUGUCAAUCUUAUCAUCUCCAAAGUGUUCACGACGGUCACCUCCUCUUCUUCAGCCCAAUGACGAAAGAAAUUCUCAUGUAGAGAAGCGAUCGUCAAUUGUGGGAAGAAAAAAGAUAACCGCUGUGACAAAGGCAUCAAGCCAACCGCCAGAUGAGAACAUCCAAAGUGAGAAAAGUGAGAAGGACAGAUGGGACCCAUGCAAAGCUCCUCAAGUUAUCCGUAAGAUCCGCAGUGAAAGCUUUCCGGAUGCCUCAGGACACCUAAAAUUAUGGUGCCAGUUUUUCAAUAUUCUCACCGACUCGACCAUUGCUUGGUUCAGAAAUCAACUGGAGAUCGCCCAGAUUAAGAGAAGUGCGGCAGAUGAAAGCCAGGUCAAUCUGGCCGUGAUUCAAGCAUCAAGCAAAGACUCUGGUGUUUACAAAUGCACUAUCACAAAUGACUAUGGGAGCGACUCCACUGACUUUCUGCUUGGUCCAGACAUUUUAUCAGGGAUUUCGCUCCGUGAGGACCAUGGUGCUGGAGAAGAGAUAGAAAUGGCGCCCCUGAUGUUCAGCAAGGGCGUGGCUGACAGCGGCGUCUGGGGCAACAAAUUGUUUGGUCGUGUAAUGGUGCACAAAUCCUGUAUCAGCGAAGGCUGUGCCCACAAAGUCUGGAGGGCUAAAGUCAUCUACGGCCUGGAGCCUGUGUUUGAGUCUGGUCACACGUGUAUCAUCAAAGCACAACGCCACAUCGCUUAUGGCGGCAAGGAGGAACAUUGCCUCACGGACAGGAAUUUGGACUUUGUCAAGGAGAACUGUAAGACUCAGAAUCUGGCUCGUGCAUACUGCAAAAUCUUCUCUGCGGAGACGAGAAUUAUCGAGAACUUUGGGCCUCCUCUCGAGGUCAUCCCAAUCUACUUGAUGUACCGGCCAGCAAACACCAUCCCCUAUGCCACGGUGGAGGCUGACCUGGUAGGAGUCUAUCAGAAAUAUGUAGUGAUUGACCAUAUGGGGAGGAUCGAGAUGAGAAUGGCCUCUGAGAUGGAGCUCAAGUGUUGCGCACUCCAGCACUGGAUCUUUCAAUGGACCCACGGAAAUCUGCUCAUCACUCGGCUUGAAGGUGUUGAUACAAAGAUCACCAACAUUGGAAUUACAGUCAAAUCUACUGGACAUCAAGGUCUCCAAAUGGAAGGCAAGCCUGAAGUGUUGGAGGGUUUUGUCUCACAGCACCAGUGUAACUACUUCUGCGGUCUGCUGGGCCUGAGGUCGCUCAAGCUUUUAGACUCUUUAACCGCGCCGGCCAAGACAAAAGGCUCCAGGAGCCCAUUACUGCAGCGCAAGAGUCAGGCUCCUGGAUCCUGCAGCCCGCAGACUAGCAGGAGAGCAGCAAACAGCCCCCGGGUGCCCAGGAAGGCUGAGCAAGAUGCCACAAAGAACCUGAAGGACGCUGUUGAAGUCUCAUUGUGAGGCAUUACAGAUCAUGAGUUUACCAGUAACCAUUCCUUGUCUUUAUGUAGAUUUAAGCCUUCAUUUUUCAUUGCACAUGUCCACUAUAUUAAGGGAUUAUACCUAUUUAAAUUCGUUAAUCAACUUACUAGACCCUUUUAUCCAACAUGAAUCUUCAUCUUACCAAGACAUGAUUCCAACUUUUUGCACGGCCCUUUUCUGUCUGCAGUGGAUAAAGCAAGGUUGGAUGAGUUUAAUGUGGGAGAACCUGACCUCAAGCCCAUCCAGCACCUUUGUAAUAAACUAGCCCAGACAUUUUAAACAUCUUGUAGAAAGUCCUCCCAGAAGAAGCCCAUAUUUUCACUUCCUUUAUGUACAGGUGUCCCGUCGGCUUAAUCGGGGUACAUACUGUAGGUAAAUAUAUAUGUUUUUAUUUUAACGUGACAGACCCACACAUGACAUUAAAUUGCCAACCUAUUAUAGAGUGUGAGAGUUUUUACCCUAACCAGAAGGCUCAAACAUAACGUAGUAUCGACUGACCUACUAGAGCCAGCAGUGUGACGCAGGGACUCCGGACUGCUGGAAAUUACAAAGAAUAAUUACUACAAGUAGUAAUAGUAGAAGUAGUAGCGCUAGUAGUAGUAAUAGUAUCGUUGCAUUCCACGUGAGAACCACAGAGUAAAAUGGCUUGUACAGUGGAACCUCGAUUUAAUGGACUAAUCGGCGCUAAGGGUCAUCUGUUAAAGAUGUUUAUCGGUUAUUUUGAAGCACUUUUUUUCGUGGCCGAAGAACACCCAGUACCGUACAAAAUUAUUGUUUUCUACUUUUUUUGUGGCCUAAAAACACCCAGUAGAGUAAAAAAUUAUUGUAAAUAAAUAUUUUUAAAAAAAGCUUGAAAAUGUUUAAAAAGUUUUGAAGAUUAUCUAAACUGACUUUUAAUCAUUGCUGUGAAAAGUAAGUAAGGUUAAUCCAAAUACUGGUGCUUGGGAGGGGUGAUAAUGGUGUGCUGAUGGGAGAAAGUUGUCGUGGUAGCGAGUCAAGGGUCGCUUUCAUGAGGUUAGCACGCUUCCUUUUCGCAGCCCUGUUACGACUUAAUGGAAUAAAGAAGGGCUUGACAAAAAGCAACUGUAUAAUGUACCAAAAUCAGCAUGUUCGAGAGACGUGUACACGAUGAGCGCCCAAGUCAACAAGAGCCAUAGAUAUGAAUAAAUAGAUACGACAUGUCCCUUUUGAGCUGCAUGCCUACGGCGACGCUAAGCUAAUGUCCAUGGGUUGCCUUUGAUGGAAACGUCACCCCUGCCUACAUGGCCCCCACGUAGGAAUGUCGGUUAGCCUGGCCGUGUAUCUAGUCUUCAUAUUUGUAACAAAAGCGUCUCAACCCAGAAAUACAGGUAAGGUAUUAGUUUCUGCCUGUCGAUUGUGCCAGUGAACAAAAGUGGUCAAUUCUGGAACGAACAGACUUUGUCCGUUACAAAGGGGCAUUUUGAGUUCCAGGUCCGUUAAAGUAGAAGUCUGUUGGUAUAUUCGCUUUGGAUUAAAAAAAAAAAAAAUCAUAAAUGUUGAACAUGUUUUGCAUCAUUAGCAUAAAGUGAACUUUUGAACCGCAAGAAGCAAACCAAGCGGACAUGUAAACGUGGUCACAUGACACAGAUGUACAGUGACACAUACAUAUUUUAUAUUAUAACCACAUCAUGCUAAAUGUGACUGGUAGUAAAAUAAAAUAAAGCUGCAUGUAUAAAGAGUG